CUCCGACGCUAUCUCCCCCCCACACCGGUUGCGGCCAUGUUGUACGAGCUGAUUGCCAUUGUCCGUCCGGGCAGCCUCCACGAGGUCCGAGAAAUUGCCCGUAAUGCCGGCAUUCAGGUCCUGCGCUCCGGCGGCGUAGUCCGCGGAUACACCAACUGGGGCACCUUCCGACUCCCCAAGCCCACCACAAAGCACCAGGCCCGAUACACGGAAGGCCACCACUUCAUCAUGCGCUUUGAUGCCUCUGGCCCCGUACAGAUGGCUGUCCGCAGAACCCUCGGCCUCGACCCCCGGAUGGUUCGCUUCUCGGUUGUCAAGCUGGGCGACAAGCUUGAAGACAUCAAGGAUGUCCAGGGCAAGGUUGAAUGGAACAACGCACGCAACAUUUCCGAGUCUAUCUAGAAGAGGUCGCUUCUCUGACUACGAAUUGAAUGGAUGAGAUGAAGAAGAGCCGUUGUACAGCUCGUCUAAGUUGUUGAUUUGUAUUCGGACAUUGACGGACAUUGCCGGUUCACUGUAUUAUUGGGAUUGAGGGUUGUGUUUUUGUACUAUCAUACCAGCAUCGCAGGCGCACAUAUAUAUCACAUAAUUGGGUUUCACUUUGAGGUGCCAUUCUACGCCGUACACCUGUCCAGAUUCUCCACAGGCUGCUCAGCAUGACACGUGACUUAGAUCCUGGGUCUCAAACCGCAGCGCUAUCAUAGUCCAGUUUGAGAUGGCUUCACUCUCGCGUAUUAGACUUUAUGCUAGUUCAUUACCACGAUAUGAUCUGCGCAUCGGGACAUUUGGUUGGCAGCAUGUGCUUUGCGGAAGUAGUUUCCGAUUCCUUUUAUGCCAAAUCACUCUGUGAUAUAAAUAUCCCAUGUUAUACUUGGCACACGCAGUUUGUCCUCCGGGUAGCUAUUUUACAGGGGUUGAAUCCUCCACAAAGCUGGCAAAGCCAUCUAUAUCUUGAGAUUCACAAUGAAGGCGGCGGAGACCUCCAGCCGAUCAACCGAGGUUCCCCCAUAGUCACAUCGGGUAAGGCGGUCAUGCGUCGCGCCAAUCCGAGGACUUACAUAUAGUACUAGUAACACAUCAGCUGCGAGCCGGAUUAGAUUAUCUCCUAUUCCACUCUCCUGCUCAUAGAUAUCCGGAG